AUGAAAAAGGCGAAGAAGAAGGUGGCGCGCAUGCGCCCCGGCUCGGGCGACGCCGCGCCCACCGUAUCCGCUUCAAACGUCAAUCAGACUGACGUUUGCCUCGCCUCCGCUCCUCUCCUUGAUCCUCAUGUAUUUUCUUGCAGCGACGACUUCUCUGCGCACGGCCACGACCCCAACGCCUUGAUCAUUCUGCCACAGGACAGGCCCCCGCGAACAGAACCCGAAAAGGGCGAGGGAGAAGGCGAGAAGAAGAUGUCCAAGCGGAAGCGCCGGAAACUCGAACAGCUACAGAAGAAGCACGAUGCUAGCGCGCGGCGCGAGGCCGUAAUGACGGAGCUGCAGCUGUAUCGCCUGGACAAGCCCUCCGCGGCAGCAGAGGACGGCGAGGAGACGAGCGGGAGCCAGGUGAAUCAAACCGAGAGUUGCCUGGCGGCCGGCGGGGCUCUGCCGCUGCUGGGCGCCGAUCAGACCGCGAAGAAAGCGAGCGCAUUCGGCGCUCUUCAGCCUCUGCGGAAAGGCAAGAGGAAGCGAAUGGAAGCGCGCAUGGAGAGAAAGAUGGCCCUCGAGGAGACCGCCCGCCUUGCGCGCGAGCGCGAGCUGAAGGAGCGGCAGAAGGCGGUAGAGGCGCGGAAGACCGAGGCGAAGGAGCGAGCCAGACAGGCUGCAGCGGCGAGAGAGACGAAGGCGCAGCAAGAGAAGGAGCGGAAAGAGCUCGGCGCGGCGCAGGCCGGGGCAACCCAAGACCAGCCAAACGCAGAAGCAGAGUUGAAAGGCGACUCCGCGCCGGCCGCGCAGCAGAAAAACGUCGCGCACCCGCCCCCGAAGAGUGAAGACAAAGAGACCAAAGCUACGUGCCCUUCUUCUCCUUCGUCAGCGUCUGUCCCUUCGAAAGCCGCUUCCCCCUUGGCUUCAGCUUCUCCCGCGUCUGCUGCGUCGUCUGCGCCUUCUUGCUCCUCUUCGUCGGCUCCGUCGCCGCCGUCGGCGUCGUGUUCUUCGGGGACCUCGCCUUUGCCGUGUCUGCCGCGCGUGGUGUAUGAUCCGCUCCGCGCGACAGCCGAGCUCCAUCGAAGCAGCGCGAUUGAGGCCGCGCGCCUGGCGCUGCCUGCCGCCGAGGUUGAGAGCAAGUUUGUUGUAUUCUCCAAUCAGCAUCGGCAUCCCCGCCGAGAAGACGCGGACGAAGACGUCGUCUCCGAUGACGAGCACGCCGCGGGCCUCUCCUCGCUCUCCGAGGAGGAGCCCGACGACGAGGCGAAGCCCAGCCAGCCGGGUGCAGCGCGCCCGAGCUGGCGGCUGCAGGAAAAGAAGAAAAGGAGAGAAAAGCUGAUGAAGCGAAGGAGGCACGCCGACGUCCUCUGCGUGUGCGGAGAAACCGGUUCGGGGAAGAGUACGCAGAUUCCUCAAUUCUUUUUCGAAGCCGGCAUCUGCUACCCCACUCUUCACCCGGCCUCGUCUCCGCCGCCUGCGCCCGCGUCUGCGCCGGAUGCGCCCGCGGCGUCUCCGCCGCCUGCGCGGCUGAAGCUGAAGAUCGGCGUCACGCAGCCUCGCCGCGUGGCCGCAGUGAUGGUCGCUCGGCGCGUCGCGGAGGAAAUGGGGACACAGAAGCUCGUCGGAUACCACAUCCGCCACAAGAGCGAAAACUUGGGGCCGGACUGCCGCAUCAAGUUCAUGACCGACGGGGUGCUCCUGCGAGAAAUCCAGCGCGACUUUCUGUGCUCCGAAUACGCAUGCAUCAUCAUCGAUGAGGCCCAUGAGCGCUCUGUCAACACAGAUCUUCUUAUCGGCCUUCUCUCGCGCGCUGUGAAGCUGCGCCGAGCAAAGUUUGAGUCUGGCGAGCUCCAGCUGCCGCCCCUCAAACUCGUGAUCAUGUCCGCGUCGCUGCGCGCGAAGGACUUCACCGAUAACGCGAACCUCUUCUGCCCGGCCCCUGCGCUGCUCUCCAUUCCCGCCAAACAGUUCCACGUCACGUCCUUCUUCUCCCGGCGAACGCCCGACAACUAUGUGAAGGCUGCGAUCAAGAAGUGCAUUCAGGCGCACUGCAAACUUCCCCCGGGGUCGAUUCUUCUCUUCGUCACGGGUCGCGAAGAAGUGGAGGAAGUCGUUGCGGCCUUGGGGCGCUGGGACGCGUGGCGGGCGGAGCGAGAGGCGAGGCGCCGAGCCGCGGGCCUGCCGGCGGCGGACGGCGACGGUGACGGUGACGGCGGCGGCGACGGCGGGGAGGAGGCGGACGCCGCGCAGGCCUUCGAGCUUUCGGACCAAGAGGACGAGGAGGGCGACGACGGGCUCUCCGCAGACGCCGAGGGGUCCUCGGGUUCCGACGGAGAAGACGACUGGGCGGCAGAUCACUGCGGCGCUGCGAGGCGGCGCGAGCGAGCGGAGACGCAGAGACGGGGCGGAGGCGCAGAGCGCGUGGCGGAGCGAAAGGCGACUUGGCAAAUGGUCGACAGCGAGUCCGAGGCAGAGGCGGAGACUGAAGGGCCUCCCGCGGACGGGGCGGAGGCGCCGGAGUCAGCCUUGUCUGCGUUGUUCGACAGCUUCGAGAACGCCUCAGAAGAAAAGCGGCUGAGUCGCCGCGAGCGCCGCGGCGAAGGCUCAACAGUCUGGCAGGGCGCCGGCGGGUCGGGGAUGACCCCCCGACGGGCCAAGCGCGAGCAGGAGGCUUCAGGCGCGAUGUCGGGAUCAAGCAAGUCGCCUUGGGAGAAGGGGGACGACCCGUUUCACUCGCAGUUGACCGCCAUUCCGCUCUACGCGGCGCUGCCGCCCAGAGAGCAGCUCAAGGCUUUCAGACUCCCCAAGCCCCACGAACGCCUCGUCAUUGUCGCGACCAACGUGGCGGAAACCUCCGUCACGCUCCCAAACGUGCGGUACGUGAUUGACACGGGUCGGGAGAAGCGCCGCGUGUUUGCUUCGGAGAGCGCCGCGAGCGUCGGCGCCUCUGAGGCUUCCUGCGUCUCGCGCUUCCAGAUCUCGUUCAUCACGCAGGCCUCUGCGCUGCAGAGAGCCGGCCGCGCGGGGCGCGUGGGUGCAGGCUUCUGCUACCGCCUCUACUCCUCCAGCGUCUACGAGCACGUCUUCCAGCCGUCCAGCGAGCCUGCGAUCAUGCGCACGCCGCUUGACUCGCUGCUGCUCUACAUGGCCAACCUCGGAAUUUCGCGUCUCUCGACAUUCCCUUUCCCUUCACCGCCGCCGGCGCAAGCGCUUGCGGGCGCGCGGGAGCGUCUUGUGGCGCUGGGAGUUUUGGAGCCCAAGGCCCUGCCGCCUUCCCCGCCGGCGACUAGCCGUCUGCGGGGGGGCGAGCUAGCCAGCGGCAGACAGGAAGACCCGAGGCCGCGCCGGGGAAACGAAGAAGACAAAUGCACAAAGCUGGGCGCGAAGCUUGCGGAUUUGCCGAUUCCGCCACGCUACGCCAAAAUGCUAAUUUUUGCGCUUUUAAAAUCUCGCCAGCUGGGGCCGGACUGCCUCGGUCUGUGCUGCCUCCUCGUCGGCGCGCUGUCCGUGGGCGAGCUCGUCGCGCAGCACGCGCGGUUUUCGCGGCCGGCGCUGGAGUCAACGCGAGAGAAAAAGAACGAGAAACAAAAGUCCGCCAAGGGGCCUGCAGCGGCGGGCACGGGACUAGACAUCGACAGCGACGACGACGACGAGGAUGAAGAUGAGAAGGCGGAAGCAGACACGCGCGACACAGGCGACCAGAACGAGCCCCAGUAUCCGUGGCGCGACUACAAUAACGACAUCGACGCGUAUUUGUGGAUGUGCGGCGCGUACUGCCACGCUGCGAACCGCGGCAAGUUCUGUCGGCGGUUCGGCUUAAAUUCGAAGAAGAUGAAGGACGUGUAUCUGCUCGGGAACCAGCUCGCCAGCAUCCUCCUGCCCAUGUACACCAAGCAUGCUGGGCAAGCUGGAGCGCAGGGAGCCGACCGCGAGGCGAGGAAGGCCCUCAAGGCGAAGAAGAAACACGCAGACGGCGGAGUUCCCCAGCCGCUCGUCGUCCCGCUCAAGCCUCAGCCCCCCACGCCGGAGGUCCGCCUGGCGCUGCAUGCGUGCGUCUUGGAGGGGCUCGUCGACCACGUGGCUGUCUGGACUGAAGGCUCGACGCGCGCCGACCUGACGGGCGGCGACCGCGCGAGAGAUCUCGGCGCACCCGCGCGAGACGGCGGCUACAGCGCCGCGGAGCUGAAGCGCGGCGGCGAACAGCGCCUCGCAUUCCUCCAUCCGACGUCCAACCUCGCGCGACACAGGCCGCGCCCGUUGCUUGUUGCGUACAACUUCAUUCUGAGCACUUCGAGGCCCUUCUUGCGAGACUGCAUGGCCGUCGACGUCAGAGCCCUCAGCCUCUGCGCCUCGCCGCUUAUCCGCCCAGGGACUUUCCUAGACAUCCCCGCGCCCACCUACGACCCAACGCGGGACGCAGUCAUCGGCUGGCAGAAGCCCCAGUACGCCCCACUGAGUCUCGCCCUGCCUGCUGUGGAGACGCCGCUGCCGCCGACCCACGAGCUGUUGUAUGCGACACUCGCGUGCGCCUUCCUGGAGGGCAAGCUGUUUCACAAACUCGCGUCCUACGUCUCCAACCUCCUCGUAGCCCCCCAAAUGGCGCUUGCCGGCGCGCGCUCCUCCUCGCACGCGCUUCGUGAGUUCAUCCGCGAACUCCAGCGAAACAGAAUCGGCAGCAGAAAGGCGUUCCUGGAAAAGUGGAAGGAAUCCAAGGGCUUCCUCUUGUCGGAUUACAUCAAGCUGCAGCGCUUCGCCGACUACAAGACCAUUCGCGAACUCAGUGACCUCUGGCCCCCGAUAUAA